AAGAGAGUUUCCACAUAUGUUUAAUUUCCCCAUUAAAACAAAGAAGCAGCUGCGUGAGAUCAUGAAGUAAACCCCAAUUUCACAUACGUCCCAGAGUCUUAGGGAUUUGAAAACUUCCGGAAGCUCUGCGAUAGCGAUCCGAUACAAUGCUAGUGCUUCAUAAAUGUUAGAAUGUAACAACAGAUUGAUCAAGUUUUUUGUGAAGGAAAAAAAUGCAAUCCACGGCGGAUUCAGUCGAGGCGAGAGGAGCUAAUCCCAUGGCAGUGGUGCCAUCAUAUAAUCUCCUCAGACUCCAACAUUCUUUCGAAGACAUCAUUUUGUGCAUAGACACAGAUCGCCAAAUGGAAACGGAAUUGAAAUCUGUGGGCGCCAAAGGGCAAGGUCUCUCACGCAUGGAUUCUGUCAAACAAGCCAUUCUACUCUUUGUUCACGCUAAAUUAACUAUUAAUCCUAACCACCGAUUUGCCUUUGCUACAUUGGGUCACUCUGCCACAUGGAGGCAGAGGGAAUUCACAAAUGACGUAGGUAAGAUAAGGGCCAUUGUGGCAGGUUUGGCAGCAGAUGCACUGUACUUACGAUCUGACCUCACCCAGCUUUUCAAAAUGGCUGCUGCUGAGACUAAGAAUUCUCAUUCUCAAUCUCGAACUCUCAGAGUGGUUCUUAUAUACUGCAGGUCAUCUGUGGUGCCAGACUACCCAUCACAGUGGCCUGAAAGCCAGAGGCUCUUCAGUUUAGAUGUUUUAUAUCUUCACGACAAACCUGGUCGAGACAACUGUCCACAAAAAGUCUAUGACGCCCUUGUUGAUGCCCUUGAACGUGUUAGUGAACAUGAAGGAUAUAUCUUUGAGAGUGGUGUAGGCCUUAUGCGUGUGCUUUUUCGGCUUGUUUGUAUUUUGUUGUCUCACCCCCAACAGCGUUGUGCACAAGAUGACAAUCACAUCCCAAAAUCUUUGACAAAACUUUCUUCAAGUGAUGCAACUCCAAGCAGCGCCUCUUCACUAAAAGAAGACAGCAGUAUUAGCUCUUAUCAAUAGGACAUCAUUAAGCAGUACUCGUACUUCGUGUACUUCAGUAAUCCUUCUACAGUACGGUGCAAGCAAUUUUGUAUGUGAUUGACAGAUUGUAUUAUAGCUGUAUAAAAAUUAAAAUGGAUAUCCAUUUUAAUACUGAAGGUAAUGUAUUUUGUUAAGCAAGUGCAAGUCUGUAUAUUUUGGUAAAUGUUAUCCUCUCAAGGUAUAGGAACUGUUCUGCUAGAACACCAUCAGAUCAAGGAAACCUUCUCUUAAAGUCUUAGAGAACAAUUUUGCUUGUUGAACAAUUCAGCAUAUAUAGCAAUUACCUUAUCUCCAGUGACUAUCCUCUAUUGUAUUGUUUCAGAAAAAAUUGGUCUGCUGAAAAUUAAAUUAUCUCUUCUGUAAAAAUUGAGACCGACUCUGAGUGUGUCUGGGAGGGGGAAGGAAGAGGCAAGGAGAGGUAAGCAGGCAAACGGGGGCUGAAGGUGUGUGCAGGUGUGCGCAUGCUGCCUUUCUGCUCUCAAAAGUGGGAUCACAUAUGGCCUGUCUAGUGAUUUCUCGGAAAUGAGUUGAUUCUAGAGACUAGUAUCAAGUAAGAAUACUUACUGAACCAUACUUAUAUAAACAGUUGCCUUUCUAUGAAAAUUAUUUUGAGUUGUAAUGUGCCUGCUUUAGUGCUGAUAACUAUUAAUCUGUGGGAUCAGAGAAAGCUUGUCUAAUGAUGCCAGGGAAUGAAUUGCUUCAUAGAAAACAGUGUCAAGUAAGAAUAUUUAUUGAACCAUUUAGUGAUAUAAAUAGUUUCCUUUUUUUGGACAUUA